AUGCAGGCCAACGGGUUCGGACGCAUCGUGUUCCUCACCGGCGACGGCGCCUGGAACGGCUCCGGCGAGCGCUCCCACGUCUCCGCCGCCAAGAUGGGCGUCGUGGGUCUGGCUCGGGGAUUGGCCUCCGAGUUCGCUCCCAGCAACAUAAGGGUCAACGUGGUCUCUCCAGGCCGCAUCGACACCAGCCGCGACCUCGCCUGGUAUCCCGGCCAGAACAUGGCCGACACCUCCGAGAUCCCUCUGGGCCGCCUCGGCCACGUCGACGACAUAGCCGGCGCCGUCGCAUUCCUCGCCACCGACGACUGCGGCUUCAUCACCGGCCAGACCAUCCACGUAAACGGCGGCACCGCCUAUUUCUGA